AUCAUGGCGCUCAGCAGAGGAGGGCGCACGUUGGCGAGCGUCUAAGGAGGUGGGGGGUUCUUCUUCGGCGUUUGAAAGAAGGCAGAAUAGAGCGCUAGGGAGUCCAGAGGUCCGAGUUGGGGGGCCCUUGAAACCCAGAAAGGAGGAGGAGAGAGGAGGUGCUGAAGGGGACUCGAUACCGCCCCCCCCGAAAAAGCCUGGAAGAAUUGCGCUCCGUCAGUGCGCCCAUGCCUGCCAGUCGGAGGAUGGGGAUUUUUUUUCCAUUCAUCCACGUCCCCUUUUUCCCUCCGCCUUCUUUCAAACAAGCCAGUCGGUCUGUCAAUGUGCUGCAAGCAUUAGGGCAAGUCAAACCAGUGGGAUUUUGAGGCAGAGAGACGGAUGAGAUAACGAAUGAAGCAAGCGCUUUCCUCUGGCCGAGCAGCGACGCGUCCAGCUCUCCAAAUGAUGCGCUGCAUCAGAUAGGCGUCAAUUGCACAAGGACCGAUGCGUACAGCUCGCAUCCUAUUUUUUUAAUCACUUCACAAGUUUCACGUUGGCCUUUAUGUGACAUGAUCACACUGGGGAUGCUUUUGUAGCUCUUUGGUUUGUUUCUCUCAGUUUUCUUGGGUCACGCGUUGAUUUGAAUCCAGGACUACUCACCGAUUUGGAUCCUGAUUUGUUUUUUAUUUGAUUUUUCUAUCUCAGUUUCUGAAGAAUUUUUGGAUUUACAACCCGUGUUCAACCUGAGUGUUUAACAGAGAGGAGAAUAAGGAUUGUAAUGCGCACUUACUAAGCCCACCAAGCAUCAACAUGUCUUUAUGAGGAUGGAGCUGUGGACACGAGUGACAUCUUUUCCAUUUUAAACGCGUUACCUUCACAGUUUUGGCAUGAGCUCGACUGUUCUCUUCUAAAAGACAUUUAUUCUUUUUGUAUUCCCGCCUUGUAUGUUGGAAGGUUGGUUUUAUUGCGAGAAAACAAGGUAAUGGGAGAGAAAUCACACAGAGUCGGCACAGAGAACAAGGGAACAUUGUUCGGAAAAAGACAAUUAGGGCGCACAGAAAGGCAGCAGAAAUAGCUCCUGGGUGGUGAUCAUUUUAAAGAAAAUACGAUUCCUUGGAGUUAUUUUUGAGUUGAAGAGCACUGCUUCGGAAAAAAGGAGGACUAAAAACAAAUUAAUGGGAAAGUCAUGGGAUUGGCACUGAAAUAGUACAAUCGUGGACGCGCAGGAAAACGGUCGUUUCUGGAAAUCCAGGCGCAAGUUUCUCCUGCUCAUUUCUGAGUCUGUUUUUGUUUAGAUUUGAUGCAUUUCGGAUCCAUGUGGUUGCACAAAGCAGGCUUUCAGUUUACACUUUGACUGCCUCUACCUAUAGCCUGCUCGGCUGUAGACGCACAUCCAUUGUUUUGAGAGUCUCCUUGCAGCAGCAUCGGAACAGAAAAUAGUGCCCUUAUCUUUUAAAUGGGGCUACAUAUGCUGGGAGUGAGGGUUGAAAUGGCGUGUCGAAGGAGUGGGAAUGGAUUGUGGAUCCUGCUGGUAUUCUUACUGGAUUUACUGGGGACAACGGCCAGCAAUAUGGAGCCUAUCUACUGGAAUUCCCGGAACGAAAGAUUCAGGGAUGAUAAGGGCUACGUUCUGUACCCUCAGAUUGGGGACCGGCUGGACCUCAUCUGCCCUCCUUCGGACACGGCCAGGUCCACGCCGGAGUACGAGUUCUACAAGCUCUACCUCGUGUCCACACGGGAACAGGCGGACCGCUGCGAGGUGAUGGGCCCUCCAAACAUCGUGCUGACCUGCGAUGAGCCCAUCCGUGAACGCCGCUUCACCAUCAAGUUCCAGGAGUUCUCGCCGAACCUCUGGGGCCACGAGUUCAAGAGCAUGCACGACUAUUACAUCAUCGCUACGUCAGAUGGGACACGCCAAGGCCUGGAUAGCAUGAGAGGCGGAGUGUGUGCCACGCAAGGCAUGAAGGUGGUCCUGAAAGUGGGGCAGAGCCAAUACGGGCCUCCGAAGAAAGAUCCGCCAGCGGGACGCACCACCAGCAGAAACCCAGGCGGCGCAGGAAACUCCACCCAGUCUAGAGGACCUAACACCUUCGGGAGUGAGGGCACCGACGAGAACGGGCCCUUUCAAACCUCCAACAUAGCCCUUAUUGCCGGUGCCGCAGGAGGGUCUGCCUUCCUCCUGCUGGUCACCGCUGUGAUCUGCGUGGUGUGCUACAGGCGGAGGCACGCCAAACACUCAGACACCCAUCACCCUCCACUGUCACUGUCCUCGCUCACCAGCCCCAAGCGGGGAGGAGGUGGCGGCAUCUCCAGCUCUAAUAACAAUGGUUCAGAGCCCAGCGACAUCAUCAUCCCUCUGCGGACAUCAGACUCAGCCUACUGCCCGCACUACGAGAAGGUUAGCGGAGACUACGGACACCCGGUCUACAUCGUCCAGGAGAUGCCUCCUCAGAGCCCGGCUAACAUCUACUACAAAGUAUGAGACAGCCGCUGCUCCAGCUGGACACGCCCUACUCCUUCUUCCCAUAACCAACCAACCCCCUGCUCAAAUAUGAAGACACAGUACAGCUCCCCAUCACAGCUCCAGCCCUAAACCCCUUAAUACAACUAGUCCCGUUCCAUGGACCCCCCUCACUGCCCGGGAGCUGGCCACAGUUGUGUUUCUAGCUGAACAGCCCCCCCAUCUUCACACACCUGGGCCACCGAGUGUGUGUUCAGGGCAAUGUCGUAUUCGUAUGUAGCCCUGCUAAGGUCCCAAUGAACGGGGCUAAAUCCUCUGAGUGCCCCCUUCUUGCUAACUCAGAACUAUACAGACCCGCCCAUGCUAAAUGGAAGAGUUGAACCCAUAAUGCCUGUAUGUUUGUGUGUGUGGAAACACACUGAUUUUCUAGGAGUCUGAACCAGGGGUUGGGUUUUUUUUCUUUUUACAAAAGAGAAAAAGUAAUAGAACUAUAACGGAAUAAACUACAACCCUGAUCCCACUCUGAUUCCAAGAGGCCAUACCUGCCUAGUUCACCGCCCCACCCACUCAGAGCUCCGUCAGCCAGAGACUGGCCCCCGCCACUAAACCACCAAUAGGAUUCUAGCUUGUUUGUGUUGUUUCUCCUGAGAAAAUGGGGGCCUCAGACUCAUUCAAUCAGCAAGCCCGGGCGACGGUCACAUGACCAGCCCCAGGCCCGAGGAGGUCUGACCAGCCGGUGACACUCAGAAUCUUGUAUAUUUUAAUAAUAAUGUGUGUGAGUGACUGCGUGAGUGGGCAUACGACGUGGAUAAUAAUUAUGGCGCUGCUGCUCCACAUUAGACAUGUGUGCAGUGAGUGUGCUUCAGUACAGCCAGUUUGCAUAUGAGUUUGCAUAUGCGUGUCUGGGGUUUAGUUUGUGUGCGUUCGCUUCGUGUGUGCGUGAGUGUGUGUGUGUGUGUGUGUGUGCGUUCUUUAGACUUGUCUUAAAUACCAAAACACAAAAUAGUGAGCGAAUAUCAAAAAAGUGAGAUUUUUUAUCGCUAUCAACACUUAUAGAUUAUAUAUAUGAAUAUCCAGUAAAUAAUUUUUAGAUGUUUCUUUCUGUUUUCUAUUGUUUUAUUAUUUUGACCCACUCUGUUAAACUACACUUUUGUUGCUAGACAUUUUUUAUCUGCUAUUUUUGUUUUUCACAACUUAGGACGACCUUGUUUCCUUCCUUUUCCCCGUCCCUUGUAUAUUAAUUUAAUCCCCUCUUUAGUUUUCUUGGUGAACAGAGGUUGUGUCUCUCUUCCUCUCUUCCCUCUCUCAUUCACUCCCUCCUUCCCUCCCUCCCCUCCCUCCUUCCCUCCCCCCACCCCUCUAGGGUCUCUGAACUCUGUGUAUAUUUUUAUAGCUCCUUGUACUAUGCUGUAGUUUUGAAGUUUAGACCUCGUUUGUGGAAGUGUUGAGGUAGAACCAUCUAUGAAAGUUUUUUUUUUCAAACGCUUUUUUUGAAACGCAGAAGUGAAAAGAAGUGAGGGGUGGGGGAGGGGGUGAUGGUGUGGAAGAGGGGGGGAUGAAAUGAAAAAGAAGAAUAAAGGAAACAGAACAGGGCGAGAGAGUGCUGUCUAGGGAGGAGAAAUAAAGCGGCGUCUGAAUGCAGAACUUUAAAAAAAAAAAACGGAGGGAGGGAGGGAGGGAGGUGUGGGGAAGAAAAGACUCUGAAGGAAUUGCACACACAAAAAAAAAGAAGCUGAGGGGAGGGGAGGAUGGGAGCAGCAGGAGUAAGAGAUGAAGGAUCCCAAGGAUGGAGAGAGCAGAUGAAAGAGUGGCUGGAGAAGGAGCAAAACUUUUUCUUUGAACGGAGGGUCUGAACCUCCUGAACGAGGCGCCGGACCAACAGCCAAAAUGGAUUUCUGAAGAGUUGAACUUUAACCAUGGAAAGGAGAGAUUUCAUCACUCUCUCUCUCUCACACACACACGCACACACACAUCUUCUGAGACUCGGUCACACUUUAUGUUAACGUGAAGUGGCGCAUUUCAGAUUUUUUCCACCAACAUUUGUGUUGAAAUGCAUCUCUGUAUCACACAGGCACUCUCAUCUCUUCUGAAGACACGCAAGCUGCAGACACACACACAGACACACACACACACACACACACACACACAAGAAAUCCCCCAGCACUCGGUACACUCUGUUUCUCUCCGUUUGACACGCACACAGCCUCCCACACAAAUUUCACACCUUUUAAUGACUGUCACAAAUGCCUCCUGAUUGCAUUGAGUGACAUAUAUUCUCUCUCUUGCUCCGUCGCUCAAACACAUUCACGCAAACACUCUCACCCACACGCAACGAAAAUGCUUUCAUGUGACUUUCUGUGAUUAAGACUAACCCGAUGGACAUGGGAGAGAUGAAAAGUGCGCUUGUGUGUUUUCUCCUUUCCUUCACACACACACACACACACACACACAAUCAAACAAAUACGCUAGUGCCCAGCACCUCAACCUUAGAGGGCAACAACACGUGGCCGUGUUUAGAGGUGCAAUAUGUUCACAUGUGCAUACUAAAAAAAGCUGUUUUGUGUUGCUCAGACCUGUUUAUUGCUUCUGUGUAAACUGGGUGGCAUUGGAGACCUUAAGUUUUCUUUCUUAGACACACACACAUGCACACACACACACACACACACAUACAUAAGGCCUCCUGUGAUGUAGCCAUGUUUUCUGUGUGAAGCCAGUGUUAAAUCUGGACCUUAUGGCAUUUCUCAACUGUGUUUUGUAUCUAACAUCUUAUACUGAGAUAUCUUUCAUAAAGGGUCACAUUUGUCUGAUAUGACUUUGUUCAACACAUGAUGACGAUGAUGUUCAGAUAUGUUUUUGUAUCACGGAUGAGUUUGGAUUGUACUUGACAGUAUCAGAAUUGUUUUGGAAAAUGAAACGGGAGGGCAACACCUCAGAUUCUUCUUUUUGUACAACGACCAACGUGUGUUUUUCUUUUAAUGUAUGCUGUUAAGUCUAUGUCUAUUUAAACAUGCUCAGAAUACCUAAAAUAUCCUCCAAGCCAAAUGAAGUGUCUGUUUCUCUCUCUUCAACAACUCUUGUGUGCCCUCUAAUCCAGAAUGACAGUAUUGUUUCUUUAAAUCACAAACGGCUGCUGCCACGAGAGGGGAUGAAAACUUGUCGGACUUUUCGGUACCUCCGCCGUCAAAAAGGAGUUUUUCAGCCCGUUUUUCGCUCCCGCCUCCCUCACAGCAGAAUGUCAAGUAUCUCUGUUUCUUUUCUGUAUCGUUUGAUUUCCAUGUUGUUGUUAUUGCGAAGCUGUGUCUCUGGCUCUCACUGUUUUGUGUUUGACUGGCCGACUCAACAUGUUGGCUUUUCGAUAAAACCACGGACGCUGCCGCCGCCGCUGGUUGUCAUACUGAAAAGAGAAAGAAGAAGAAGAAGAAGAAGAAGAAGAAGAAGAAGAAGAAGAAGAAAAAGUGCUGUUUCUAUGGACGAGGGGAGAGAGAGAAAAAAAAGUGACCGCCGAGCCCCCUCACCUCUCUGUUGGUGAAAGUGUGUGUAUGUGUGUGUAAAUGUGCGUGAGUGUAUUUCUUUGUGCCAAUAGACAGCGAGUGGAGGCCGCGGUUGCGAGGUGGCUCUCGUAUGUAACGUGUUGAGACUUUGUAUUUGGGACACCUCUGUGUGAGAGGGGUUUUUUGUGUCCUCUCCUCCUCUUCUCUCCUCCUUACCACCCUGUCUACUCAUCACAACAACCCCUGAACCCUCCCCCACUUCUCUCCCUCUCCCCUGCCCCCCCUCUCCCCUACACACCUCUACAGAGAGGAAAAAACUAGUACAUUCCUGGUUUGGAAAAAAAAUGGUUGAAUAAAAAAAACAAACAAAAAUGUUUAAGCACCA